UCUGGUGAUAAAGUCAACUUUCUUUUCACUACAAAAAGAGAAUCUGAAAAAAAGCAAAGAAAACAAAGCCAACCCUCCCACACACACGUCCCAGGACAGGUUGAGAAAGGAGGAAGUGAGUGGCAGAGUUUACAACAGACUUCUCGGCACUUCUCUGUCAGCCUGCAAGGCACAAGCACUCCCUGCUGCUGCAUCUCUUUACCUAGCAUCACGUACCCCCCACAGCUUUGUGUUUUGGAUGAUUCCUACGGAAGUUUCAAGCGAAAGCGGAAUGAACCAUGCGGGGGGUUCAGGGGAGCCCCCUCCUUCUCCAAAUGCUAGCAGCGUGAGGAAGCGCCUCAGUGUUGGGGAGUUGCGGUUGUUCUUUGAGACUCGGUGCACGGCGGAGUGGAACGGGGAGAGGGAGCCGAGGAAGAGGAGGAUGGGUAGCGGGAGUUGGCAUAGGAGCAAUGGGGAGGUUGUGGAGGAGCCACGGAUGGGGAGCUGGGAUCCCCAAGCUAUCCCACAUUUAAUGGUUACCAGCUCCGAGGAGCCGCCACCACCUCCUCCCAGCCCAAGCGCUGUGCUGCUGGAAUUGCCCGGCUGGAAUGGACUGAAGGGAGAAGGCUUGCUCAAGCUGGCCAGCCGCAGGCUCUCUGUGUCCAACACUUCGCUCUCCUCCACCGGCUCUUCUUCUGCUGUGGAGGACUCGGAAGACGAUCUGCUGAGCGACUCUGAGAGCAAAAGCCAGGGACAUGUGGAUCUAGAGCAUAGUGAGGAGAACAGCCUGAAACCAUGGCAGAAGAUCAGAACGAUGGUGAAUAUUCCUGUCUUCAGCCCCUUCAAAAGGCGUUGGGUACAGCUUGCUGGGCACACAGGGAGUUUUAAAGCAGCAGCAAAUGGUACAAUUCUAAAACGCUACUCAGAAAAUGAGAAGAAUGCUUUUGAACUGGUGAUGAAGGACUCCUUGGUUCACUGUGUCCCUGCAUACCAUGGUGUGGUGGAGCGAGAUGGAGAAAGUUAUAUACAGCUGGAUGAUCUGCUGAAUACCUUUGAUGAGCCUUGUGUUAUGGACUGUAAGAUGGGGAUCAGGACAUAUUUGGAGGAAGAGCUGACAAAAGCCAGAGGGAAACCGAAGUUAAGGAAGGACAUGUAUAAGAAAAUGAUUGAAGUGAAUCCACUAGCCCCCACAGAAGAAGAGAAUGCUCAACAAGCAGUGACAAAGCCUCGGUACAUGCAAUGGAGAGAGACAAUCAGUUCAACCUCAACCUUGGGCUUUAGAAUUGAAGGAAUAAAGAAAGGAGAUGGCACGUGCAACACAAACUUUAAAACAACCAAAACCAGGGACCAGAUUGACCAAGCAUUUCUUCAGUUUAUUGAUGGCGACAAAGACAUUUUGAAUAAAUAUAUAUGCAGACUGCAAGAAAUCAGAACCAUCGUUGAGUCUUCGGAAUUCUUUAAGAAGCAUGAGGUGAUCGGAAGCUCCUUGUUGUUUGUACAUGACAAGAAAGGCAAGGCUAACGUGUGGCUAAUAGAUUUUGGCAAGACGACACAGUUGCCUGAAGGACAGGUUCUGGAUCACCGUAUUCCUUGGCAAGAAGGGAAUAGGGAGGAUGGUUACCUUUAUGGAUUUGAUAAUCUUAUUGAUAUAUUGUCCAGUAUUGCUUGCUGAUGGAGAUUCCAGCCUAAACCUACUGACCACUACACUAGGAUACUUUUUUUUUAUCUUAAAGCAUUUUGCUGCCAGUUACUGAUUGGUAUUUAGCAAUGGAUUUGACAUUAUGGUGAUGGAAACUGAAGAUGUUUUUAUCUAAAUCAGAUUUGCCUAUAAUCUACAGCUUUUCUAUGAUGUCUAACGAAGUAUGUUUCCAGUUGAAGCAUACAUUUCACCAUAAUAAGUGCUAUGUUCGCAUCUCAAACAAUCUGAAACAUUCAGUCACUCAAGUUCUUUUAGUACAUGAAUCUUUCAAAUAUGAAGAUACAAUGGAAAGCUGGAUUUGUUCAAUAAGACUUCGCCACUGGGUAAUGUAAUGCCACAUACCAGCAACUGCGAAACCAAAGCAUCUUGCUUUCAUAGAAAACUUUUUUCUGCCCAUGGAUUCAACAUUUCCUACACUUCUAUCAACAGUAAACAGUUGGAUUAAGAUUUAAAUUAAAAACAUUAGGAGUUACGUCCUAAGUGAUAGCAUGUAAUGUAUUAUCAACCAAUCCAAACUGUGUUUUUUGUUGGGAUGACAAACUGUUUGUCAUGGAGUUUCCAAAAGAAAAUGAAUCAUAAUCCUGAAUUCAGAAAACAGUGUGCCCAGCUGGUGAAUAUUGCAGACAGCGAUUGUACGAACGUGAAAUUUCCAAAAUGAUCAAAAAAUCAGAAUUGCUACUGGGUGCACUGGUAAUUAUGCAAAUGCUGCUGGGAUUCUAGGUUCCAAGUGAGAGAAUGAUGAGCAAAUGCAGCCGAAAUGGAAGAGAAAAUGGAUAGCAAGCAUAGCGCCAGAGUUAUUUACAUUUUCAUGCAGGGGUUAGUUGCCAGGGAAAGCUGAUCUGUAUGUUUUUUAAUAUCUUUUUCAUUUACAAUCUAAGGGAAUAUAUAUAUUUAAGUUGGGUCACCGAAGACUGACCUGUAAACAUGAGAUUUUACAGGUCUCGCAGGAGGGGAUUUUAGAUCACAUUGACAGUUUGACUUCCUUUCUACUGUAACAAAUGUAGAGUUUGCUGAGUUACUUUAACAUUAUGACAUUAUGAAAUACUUUUCUAAAGCUAAAUUAUACUAUGCAAGUAGGAGCAUCCUCAGGAAGGUUUGGCAAACACUUCAGUAAUGUUGUUAUAAAAUAUACUGAGCAAAAUAUGUUAAUCACAGGUGAAAACUGGGCUAAGGGUUUAUUAUCAUAGAUACUAUACCUAGAUAUGUCAGAUACAAUAACCACCUAUAUAUUAAAAGUUUGCUCUAAACCGCUUUAUCAAUUUAAACAAAUUCAGAACAACAAUUCUUUACGAGCUUUGCUCACCACUUAAUAUAAUUUGUCCCAGUGCCCUGCCCCGGACCCUUCACUCAGGGGGGAUUUCACUUUUAUGUGGCUGUUUAAAAUCACUUAUACCAUAGCUUCUUCAUGGCCACUCACUGCACUGAUCCAGUGGUCCGGGUGCUCACUCCAAACACCAAUAUGUGGUUAAGAAACAGAAGCUUUAUUUCACAUCAUCCCUGAAGCGUUUUGUGUCUUUCAACAUGUAAUCAUAGGUAUGAUAUCGCUAUAUUCAGCUCGAUAUCACAUGUAAUACCUAUGUGCCAUGUUUGUGCAGAAUGACAAUUAUUGGUAAUGUCCUUAGUCUUCUAUAAAAUCUAAGGGCAGCAAGUGGCUGUCACUUAACUACAACCUUAAUUCUCAGCAUGCUAGAGAAGGAUAGCAGCUUCACUAUAGCUAUGGUUGUAAAGGUUUGAAGAACGAUAAAGAGUCCUUACAUAACUACAUAACUGCAUGGUUUACAUGCAAUCCUGUCUGUAAACAUUGCUAUGUUUGGGGAUCACUUGAGGAAAAAAAUGUAUAAUAUUUGAAUCCUUUAAAGAACACAUAGUUAAUAUUACUACUGCUGCCAUGAUUUUAGAUAGAAAUUCUCAGAAUGUGUAAUAUAUUUAUGUACUUUUCUAACUUGAUGUCCAAGCCUAAAGUAUUGUAAUAAGUUAUAUCUGAGUGACAACUAUUUAUUCAUGAGCUAGAACUGCCAAAUUGAUUACUCCACAGACAUUAAGGGUAAUCGCACAUAAGAGGUUUUGUCACCCAAAAUUGUCUACAGCACAGGUGUCUGAAGAUACCUUCAUAUUGAAAUCAGUAGGAAUUGCCACUUGCUUAUUUGAGCAAUGGCAUGAAAUUGCCUCCUCGUUGUGUUGUUCUUGGGCUUUCCUUGACCUCUCAUGAAAAAUAAAUGGAAGGUGAACCUUGUAAUGAUAUAGACUGUGACCAACUACUAAGCCAAUUCUUGUAAUACACCUCUAUCCCAGGAGUGAAUUCUUGUACAGGAAGUGACGCACAAAAAAGGGGUGAACAUAACCAAAUAUGUGUAGGUGUGCUUAUGUAGUACUAAGAGGCCUUAUUCAAUCCACUGGAUAUCUCUGUAUGUCUGGAAAGUGACUUUUAAAACCACAAUUUUAUUUGUUUGCACCAAGAUAAAUGCAGACAAGCUAUAGGGCAGUGACAGAUGGGGAGAUUAGUCGCAGUGCCAUCCCACCUGCAAGAAUAUAAAUCGCCAGUGGGAUGGCAUAAGCGUUGCUACGAUUUGCCGAAGUGGCCCCAAGUUGCCUUGAACAGAAGUCUGGAGUCUGUGAUGAAUGGGACAUUUGGUAUUUACAGGUAUGGGAUCUAUUACUGGAAACCCAUUAUUUAGAAAGCUCCAAAUUACAUAAAGGCUUUCUCUUAUAGGCAAAUAAUCCUAUUGGGUUUAAUUAACAUUUGAAUUAAUUAGGUAUGGAGAUCGGAGAUCCAAAUUACCAAUAGAUUCCUGAUCCAAAAAACCCCAGAUCCCAAACAGUCUGAAUAACAGGCCCCAUACUUGUACUGUACAAAAUCCAUUUAUAGCAAAAAUGGACUUCGAUUUAAUAACAUAAUUUAUCACAUGCUUAACAGCACCCGCAAGAUACUUAUUUUGUUUUUUUUUAAAUAGAUUUUAAAGGCAAUUCUGAUAAAACACUUGUUGUUUCAGCAGUAACUGGAAACAUAUCCUGAGAUAAAGCCCUAAAAUUAUCUGAGAUAUAAUUUCUGAGAUAUAAUCUGAGAUAUAAUUUCUACAAAUAUUUUGAUAAAUGUUUUUGUAAUUAAAGAAAUUGCAUGUUUUCGCUUUAUUAAGAGAAAACACCAAAGGAAAUCCUGUAUGUAUUAGUGUUAGUAAUGGGUGAAGGAUAGCCGGGUAUGUGAGAUAUGGACCUAUGCCACUGUGCCAGGAUAAUGGUGCCCAGCCUGACAAACUCUUGCAAUGGGAUCUGUUCAGUAAUAUGCUAUUCUGAACAUAACUCUAAUCACAGACGCUGAAAAUGGGAGUGAUACACCUUCUGAACUUAUAUGUCUUAAUCGACGCAAUGGGGGUAAUGUAAUAAAACACUAAGGGGCACAUUUACUAAUCCACGAAUCCGAAU